UUAAUCCCCCUCCCCUCACCCUCUCCCUCACCCAUGGCAUUGGCAUCUUCCACUCUCCCUCUCCCUCUCACCACCACCACACCUCCCUCCUCCUCCUCACAAGACAUAGCAGCCACCACCACCUCUUUCUGUGCUUACCCUCUCGCCUUCUUCGGCUUCGAGGAGAAGGCGGCGGCGAUGGAGCUGGACGAGCAGGCCUUCCUGGAGGAGAUCCUCUCCCUGCGGAGGGACGCAACCUGGGACUGCAAUGCCAUGGGGGACUUCUUCUCCCCGGCGGCCGCCAUGGACUGCUCCUUCCAGGACCGCCAGCACCAGGUGCCCACUGUCAGCGUCCUCCCCACCUUCACCGCCUCCUACGCGCAGCCACAGCCGCAGCCGACGGCGGCGCCCGGCUUCGACUGCCUCAGCGAGGUCUACGGCGCCGCCGCGGCGUUCGGUGGACCCAAUGCAGGCGACUACGGCGGCGAGAUGGGGUUCCUUGACGUCGUCGAGCCCAAGGCGGCGGCGGCGGACGGCGUCGGCGUCGGCGGCGCCGCCGCGGGCCUCGAGGUCUGCAAGGUGGAGCCCGUCCUGGCGGAGAGCGGCGGCGCGUUCGGCCCCGGCCCCGGCCUCGGCGCCGCGCCGACGCCAGCCCCGGCGUCCAAGAAGAAGAGGGUCGAGGGGAUGCCGUCCAAGAACCUGAUGGCCGAGCGCCGCCGCCGCAAGCGCCUCAACGACCGCCUCUCCAUGCUGCGCUCCGUCGUGCCCAAGAUCAGCAAGAUGGACCGGACGUCGAUCCUGGGCGACACGAUCGACUACAUGAAGGAGCUGCUGGAGAGGAUCAAGCUGCUGCAGGAGGAGAUCGAGGAGCAGCAGCAGGAGGCGCCGGGCAUGCUCAGCGUCUGCCGGGAGCUCAACCCCAUCGAGAUGGUGGCCAGGAACAUCCCCAAGUUCGACGUGGAGCGGAAGGAGGGCGGCGACACCCGGGUGGAGAUCUACUGCGCCGCCAAGCCGGGGCUGCUGCUGUCCACGGUGAGCACGCUGGACACGCUAGGGCUCGACAUCCAGCAGUGCGUCAUCAGCUGCUUCAACGACUUCGGCAUGCACGCAUCCUGCUCCGAGAUGCAGAGGGACAUGAUCAGCGCGGAGGCGAUAAAGCAGGAGCUGUUCAAUAACGCUGGCUAUAGCGGACGCUGCUUGUAGAGGGCAUGGCGUGGCUGGAGGAGGAAGAAGAAGAGGAGGAGCAGGAGGCAGCAAUAAAUUAAAGCUUAAGCAGCGCUAGUAGCAAGGAGCAGCAGUUUAGUAGUAUGAGUUCAGGUCCAGUAGCGGAAAAGGCAGGCAAGGCAGAGGCCGGCAAAGAUUUGGGAGGCCUUUUUGCAAUCCAUCUCCCCAUCAUAACCCAGAAUCCAUCUAUCCAUGUUAGCAGUGUGUGUCGUCCGUCCGUCCUAGCAUCGUGCAGGAUGCAAAGGUUGCCCUGUGCUGCUGAAUCUUUCUCCUAUAUUUAAUUAACAAGAGCAAAGCUCGCUGCCUUUCUUCUAAUGAUUGAUCAGAAUGCCUUUCGCGAUUCCUUGUCUUUCUGGAUAUACUAUAUCUAUAUCUAUAUAUAAUGUUCUUCA